UGCCAUCCCUGACACUCCACCAAGAGCAGCCACUGACCUGCCUCAGGCUCUGCUGCCACAGCCCCCUUGGCCAGCACAGCUCUGAUCACCAGCCCACACCAUGGAAGCUUCUCCUUUCACACAGCAAUCCAAUGUCACUGCAUACGGACCCAUGGCUUUGGCCAUCACCACACUGGAGGCAUUUCCUGGCAUGUGGAUCAAUGCUUUCAUCAUUUGUGUGCUUUGCAUUGCCUGGGUCCAAAACAAAACCCUGAACUCUAAUGAGAAGAUCUUGCUACUGCUGGGAUUCUCCAGGUUUUGGUAUUUGUGUUUCUCAUGGAUAUAUAUCUUUGUCUCAGAGAUUUUUCCCGAUUGCCUUCUGGUCCAUCGCAUAUUUCAACUACUUCAAGGUUCUUACAGCUUUUUUAAUUGUUCCAACUUGUGGGUUUCUGCCUGUCUUUGUGGUUUUUAUUGUAUAAAAAUUGCCAAUUUCAGGAACAGGUUCUUCAGCUACCUGAAAGUAAAAAUUGACAGGAUGGUGCCAUGGCUUCUGUUGGGGUCAGUGAUGUUCUCCCUGAUUACUGGAAUUCUUUCCCACAACACUAUUGAUAAAGCUGUCUGUAAAAACCUCAAUUUCACCUGCCAAGGAAAAAUUUGGAAAGCAACUAUUAGAAUGAGUGACCAUUUUUCCCUUCUUCAUGUUCUCACUCUUUUUUUAUAUAUCACUUCCUUCAUGGUAGUCAUCUUUGCUGCUGUUUUCCUUCUCUUUUCUCUCUGGAGACACAAGUGCAAGAUGCAGACAAACUCCCUGAACAGCCUCAGCAUGGAUGCCCACAUCAGAGCCAUAAAAUCUGUCCUCUCCUUCUUCAUAAUGUACACCAUCAACUUUACGUUUGUGAUCUUGAGUCUAGUUUAUUCAAUGGCAUACCAAAGUCAUGUGCUAUUUCUUGCUUAUUUAAUUCAAUAUGCUUAUCCAGGUGUUCAUUCCCUUAUUCUCAUUCUCAGCAAUCCCAAGCUGGAAAAGACACUGAUUAGGAUUCUCUCUUGUGUGAAGUGCAAGCUUUGUAUGAGGUAGAAACUGUAACAAAUGCUGGAGUUCAUGCAAAAUAUGUUUGGAGAAAACAAUUUCAAUUAUUGUUCAUUGCAACUCUCCAGGCAGAACAGAUUGUAGAUAAGUUCAGAGUAGAUGUUAAAAAAACACAUUUCAAACUCUUUAAACUAAUAUGAGUAGGAGAUAAAUGAAUUUAUAUUUGCAUUUAAUUAAAACAGCUCUUGGAAUUACAUUAUUUUACGUAGCAAAGUCAUUUAGACCAUGCACAGUUGGUGGAAGCAAAAGGACAACAAUCAUGCUACAAACCCACCUCAAAAAUUUUGAUUUUCACUGAUUGAAUUGACUGAAUGAAACAACAGCUUUAUCUCAAUUUUGGUAUAUGUUUCCUUCUGCUGUGGCC